GCUGGAGUUUCAGCAUGGGCUCGGCCUACCAGUUCCACAGCUGGAGAGUGUUUGUGGUGGUGUGUGCGCUGCCGUGUGUGUCUGCUGUGGUCGCUCUCACUUUUAUGCCUGAGAGCCCCCGUUUCUACCUGGAGACGGGUAAACAUGACGAGGCCUGGAUGGUGCUCAAACAGAUCCAUGACACCAACAUGCGAGCCCGCGGAGAGCCGGAGAGAGUCUUCACUGUGAACAGGAUCAAAAUCCCCAAACAGCUGGACGAGCUGGUGGAGAUGCAGAAUGAGUCAGCCAACCCGGUUCUCAAGGUCCUCUUCAAGAUCAAGGCUGAGCUCAGAGGAAUCUGGUCGACUUUUAUGAAAUGCUUCGACUACCCGGUGAAAGACAACACUAUAAAACUGGCUAUCGUCUGGUUCACUCUGUCCUUUGGGUUUUACGGACUCUCCGUCUGGUUCCCGGACGUCAUCAAGCACCUCCAGGCCGACGAGUACGCGUCCAGAGUGAAGAUCCACAACAACGAACGCAUCGAAGACUUCACCUUCAACUUCACCCUGGAGAACCAGAUCCACAGAAACGGGGCCUUUGUAAACGACAGGUUCAUCAGUAUGAAGUUCAAGGCGGUGAAAUUCAUCGACUCGUCUUUCAUUAACUGCUACUUUGAGGACGUCUCCUCCGUUGGAUCCUCCUUCACAAACUGCACCAUCGUAGACUCCUUCUUUUACAACACAGACAUCGAUGACUCCAAAUUAACUAAUUCAACGAUAAUCAACAGCUCCUUCCAUCACAACAAGACGGGCUGUCAGAUGACGUUUGACGAUGAUUACAGUGCGUACUGGGUCUACUUUGUCAAUUUCCUUGGGACGUUGGCUGUACUGCCUGGGAACAUCGUCUCUGCACUCCUCAUGGACAAAAUCGGACGCCUCAGCAUGUUAGGAGGCUCCAUGGUGCUGUCAGGCAUCAGCUGCUUCUUCCUCUGGUUCGGCACCAGCGAGUCCAUGAUGAUCUUCAUGCUCUGUCUCUAUAACGGCCUCAGUAUCUCUGCCUGGAACUCACUGGAUGUGGUCACUACUGAGCUCUACCCGACAGACAGGAGGGGUACAGGUUUUGGCUUCUGUAACGCGAUGUGUAAGCUGGCAGCAGUGAUGGGCAACCUGAUCUUUGGCUCACUGGUUGGCAUCACCAAGGCCAUCCCCAUCCUGCUGGCGUCGUCUGUGCUGGUCUGCGGCGGGCUGGUGGGCCUCCGGCUGCCAGACACACGAGCCAAUGUCCUCAUGUAGACCUCAACACAUAGCAGUAUGUUGUUUACCAGGUAUUCACUCAGCGUACUGAAGAACCAUUGUGGACUAUAAUUUAACCGAAAACAUCGCUGAAACAAGCAUUGCGGUCAUCUUCUUGUAAUUAUGGUUUGAAAAAUAAGAUUGUUCAUACAUCCAUUACAGGACAAGGGUUCUGUUAUUUCUGAGUAGAAUACCUGAUAAAUAACUUUGUAUAAAUAAAUGCAGUUUAACUUCAAAUGA